AUGGCCUCACCGCCGAACCCAGGCUCGCCCUUGGCCAUGUCGCCGCCGAACCCUGCACCAGCGCAGAUUCCGAACAAGAAACGCUCCUCGUCCACUCUCGACAUCUCCAACAACGCCGCGAAGCGUCGCAAGCCCUCACAACCCGGCACGCCUUCUCAUCCACUGCGCCAGACCUCUUUCCCGCCGCCCGAAGCCGUCGCCUCGCCCGCUGUUGGCGCACGCUCCCCUAGUGUGGAUGCGGCCUCCGUCGUGAGCGGAAGUCAAGUCAGCACCAGUCAAGCAAACGGCAAGAAGAAACGAGGGCGGAAACCGAAGAGUGCGAAGCCCGACGAUCGAGAAGGCAGCGUUGCCGGCGACGGAAGCGUAGCGGGUGGCAGCAAGGCGCCAACAUCCGUGGCCAACGGCGCUGGGAAAGAUGGCGAAGAGGAGGAAGAAGAAGAUAAGCCCGAGAUGGCGCUGGAGGACGUUGUUGCGAGGACGCAGGAACAGAAGCAGGAGGAAGUACGACUGAGGGCGAUGUUGGUGGAGAGUAUGGACAAGGAGCAGAUGGCACGAUAUGAAAAUUGGCGUGCUAGUAAGCUUCAAGAUUCAGUAGUGAAGCGGGUGGUCAAUGCGACAGUCUCGCAGUCCGUCCCUCCAACAGUCAGCAUGGCGGUUCGCUCCGUUACCAAGCUCUUUGCCGGCGAGCUGGUCGAGCUGGCACGUCAAGUUCAAGCGGAAACGAUCACAGCCGGCGAGGUGCAAUCAGAGGCGCCGCGGCCGCCGUCCCUCACUGCGUUCCCCGAGGAGACGAACGAAGAGCUCGACCUCAGACACACUGCAAAGUCGUCCGCUAUUCGCGUCAGGGACAAUCAACGCCGCGCAAGGGAGCGGCACAAGGACUACGUCAAGGACCUUGAGCGUCGGGUGGCCGAGUAUGAAAAGCAUGGGGCACGGGCGACGCUCGAAAUGCAGACGGCUGCCAGAGCUGUUGUGACGGAGAAUGAGAGGCUGAGGAUACUACUGGAGCGGAAAGGCGUCGAAAAGGAAGAGCUUAAAGCUUUCUUGAAGAGUUUUGACGGCCAUGAACCCACCAUUCCGGCGACCCGGAGCGAGAGCCACCACGUGCAAAGCUCUGUGCAAUGGGAUCGGCCUGAGAAUCUUGAGCAUUCGGUGCAGCGCUCCGAAGGACCAGACCUUGGAAAGCUUGAAGUGCUGGCUGAUGCGAGUGCGUGCUGCGGCGGCCUGACGACCUGCACAAUGCCAACCACGGUCGACACGCAUGCUUCGAGCACAGCAGCAUCGCCAAUGAUGACGCAGAUUGGUACGGCGACCUCGUCCCCACAGAUGAGCGACAUGCAGCUACAACCGUCGACAACCAUGUCAUGCGAGUCUGCGGCCAACAUUAUAGCUGAGAUGCACGGCCAUGGCGACAAGUAUCUCACAAAGGCCUACCUCGGAUGCGGCACUGAAGAGGACUGCACGGUCAGGAACACGAGUUUGUUUCAAUUUCUAGACCAACGUGACAGCUGA